AUGUGCAACACUAGGGAAGAAGUAGAUGUUGAUGAGGUCAAGUUAAACACUGUUCUUGCAGUUAAGGCUGGUGAAGUUAUACCAAUUGAUGGAGUUGUUGAUGGUAACUGUGAAGUGGAUGAGAAAACUUUAACUGGAGGGUCAUUUCCCGUUACCAAACAAGUGGAUUCCGUAGUAACUACUGCUUUAGCUGAAGACUGUGUGGCGGCUAAAAUGGCAAAGCUUGUGGAAGAAGCUCGAAACAGCAAGUCUAAAACUCGAAGAUUCAUAGACAAAUUCGCUCAGUACUAUACUCCAGCGGUGAUAUUCAUGCCGGCUGGCGUAGCACUGAUUCCAGUAGCAUUACGAGUUCAUAACCGUGAUCACUGGUUUUACUUAGCACUGAUUGUUUUAAUGACAGAGGAGAGAUAUGCUGUUUUCCAGCAAAUUAAGCAACUUCAGCAAGAACUGGCUGGUUUGGAUGGUGAUGAGCAUGUGAAUCAUUCUUUGACUACAAUGGACGCAAGUUGUGGUGAAAUGGGGUUUGCACGGAAGGUGUUUGAUGAAAUGGGUGACAGAGACUUGGUGUCGUGGAAUUCGAUGAUUUCUGGGUAUUCUAAGAUGGGUUUUGCUAAAGAGGCAAUUGGGUUGUUUAUGGAAAUGAGGGAGGAGGGGUUUGAGCCAGAUGAGAUGACGUUGGUGAAUGUUCUUGGGGCGUGUGGGGAUUUGGGUUUGGGGAGAUGGGUGGAGGGGCUUGUUUUGGAGAAGAAGAUGGAGGGUCUUUGA